CGCCAAUCGCUAACGACUGCAACAAAUACAUGCAUAUUAGCGUACUGGCUUCGGCAGCAGGCAGCAGAGAAUGCAGUAGAAGCAGCAGCAACACCGAAAUCGAAACGAUGCAAAAGCGCGCUUGCCUGUUGGAUGGGUCAGUGCGUCGUCUCGUUUCGUGUGGAUAGGAGUCGAAGUGAAUUGGAUUGGCAAAUAUCGAGUAGAGUAUUUUAUGUGUGUCGUGCGAAUUUGUUUGGUGAAAAAAUGCCAUUGAACGGAUAAAUGCAUAGAAUUUAUACUUGAACAUAAGUAUUUAUGAUUAAAUUUUGUAUUAAAUGAUUGAAAACGAUUUUCAAGUGUGCAAAAUGUGUGCGAAAAAAGUAAAGUUGAAUGAUGUGAAGAAUUUUACGAGUGCGUGAAAAGGAAAUUAAGUGACACGAAGUGGGCAGCAAGUGCAUGGACAAGCAGCGGGUAGCUGGUACAACGAGUUCAUAGUGGAGCGAACAGAGUGCGCUGGACAAGAUUAAUUGAAAGGCAAAAACUAGAAACUAGAGAACGAAGUGCAAAGCCUAUGAAGAAAUGCAAUUAAUAACAAACGCAAAAAAAUACGAACAAACUUUUUAUACUUAAGCUACACGCACCGCCGACCAGCCCAACAAAAACCAAAACACAUCAGCAAAAUAUUAGAAUGCAAAAGUAAUUUCAUGCUGGGUAUAAAAUAAAUAGGAUUAACUGCGGGCAUUAAAACAUGUGAAUACAAGAACAACACCAACAACGGAUUGCAUCUCAUCAACUAGAGAAAAAAAGACGAAAAAAACUACGUAUUACCGUAAAAUUUAUGCGUACGCUGACGUUUUGCAAACCGUUAGAAUAUUUCACACGCUCCACACGCUGACAGCAUAGCAGCAGCAAGGUGAGUGCAGAGUUGCAAUUGGCACGAACAAGAAGUUGCUGUGCAAAAGCAAAAGGCUGCAAGCUACCAGGAGAGGAAGAUCAGAAGGAGGAGAGGAAGAAGAGAAGAAGGUGAAGCCUUCCAAGCAAAGUAGCCAGCAGCUAAGCGCGUUCUAAGUGCAUUGGCAGCCAUUUACAACGUCCAACAAAAGAGCUAUUGUAGGUCUGCAUACGCCGCGCGUCUGUGUAUGGCUCUCUAUGUGUGUUUGUAUGCCUGUGCGAAGUGCAGGCGAAAAACAAAAAAAAAAAGCGAAACGUGAAACCGGUUACUUGUUGCAGUAGUAUUGAACCCUUCCGUGCAAAAAAUAAAUAAACAAACAAAACAAAAAGACAGCAGGUUAUUAAGCAAGGCAGCCAGCGGCAGGCCAGGCGGAAGGCAAGCGGUGAAUUUCGGAAAUUGCAAGGCACAAGCAACAAAAAGAAAAGCAAUAACAAGAAAACAAAGAGUCAGAACCAGUCAGAAGUUAAAUGUUGUUUGUUGCUGAAGUCUGGAAAAAAAUAAAAAUAAAAAUUAAAAUAAGCAAUGAGUGGCCAACCACUGCAGUUUGAGUAGCAAGCAGCAAAACUAGCGGCAGUGUUGGCAGUGGAGCAGUAGUGGCAUUUGUGGCAGCGCGACAGCAACACCGUGCAAAUCCCAAACAGCGGAAAUCGAAACUCAAAUAGCGAGAAGAAGAAGCAGCAGCUGAAAAGUUUGACUUUCAACUUGGCGAAUGCGGAGUGCCGACGGUGAAUGGGCAAAGGAACAUUUUGGAUUUAGUUUGGUGAAUUGUGUGAAAAAGUGACGAUAUUUUAAAAGUUGAUGUGGAAUAAUAUGUAUGUAAAACGCGCAGCGUAGCGAAUGAAAAAAUGCAUUUUUAAAUUUUAAAUCUGGCGUAAACUAGAAAAUUUUUGUAAAAAAUUCCACGUCAGCGGCGAAUUGUGGCAUUGUGCGGUAACUGUCAAGCGUAGCCGAAGCAGCAUGCGAAAACAAGUAAAAGUGUGAAAUAAAAAUUAAAAAUUUUUUAAAACGAUUUGCAAAUAGUUUUGGACACAAUUUUAUAACGAAAAAUUCGAAUUUUUGAUAAUGGAAUUUUUAUGGGUAUAAAAUAGCGAACAUUAACAAAAAAAAAUAUUUAACAAAAUUUUUGCCUAUUAGCGAAGAAAAUGUGCAGUAAUUUUUAUGCUGUUGCCGUUGUGUGUUUUUAAGCAAAAGUUUACAACAAAAAAUAUAUGCAAAAAAGUGAUUGAUGUGUGAAAUUUGAAAAAAAAAAUUAUUAAAAGCAUUUUAAGUAAAGCGACUGCGAGUGUGGCGAAAAAAAGUAUUAAAUAGAAAAGCGCUCGCAAAAAAAAACAAAAAAUUUAAAAAACAUUUAAAAAAGUGACGAAAAAAUUUAAAAAUCUGAUAAAAUCACUGCUAAUGCAUGCUCAGAAUCGUGAAAAAAAGUAAAAAUUAAUAGCGCACGAAAAGAAGACUCAAGCGUAACGCAGUCGCACUGUGUAGUGAAGUUUAUAUUUUAAAGUUUUGUAUUACUGAACGAUUGCAUAAAAAAUGAACUGAAAAUGAUUGCUUAAAAACAUGGACACAUUUAAAUUUAACCUAAGUUGUAUUUGAGAAAACAAAAAAAAUUUAUUCGCAAAUCCUUUGAAAAUAUGUGCGCGAAAUCGUGUAUCUAAUAUCGUAUUUUUGUUGAACAAGAAAUUGUAAAAAAGUGAGCGCGUUUUUAUAAAAAAAAGUGAUUGAAUAAAAAACCGUUGAAAAAUAAAAGAUGCUCCAUCGGUUAAAUACGAAUUUUUUAAAUAAAAAUAUGCGCGCGCCGACAAGUUUCAGCGUAGAAAAUUGUGAAAUAACUCGAAGCGUCGGCGAGUUUAGGAAGUGUAAAAAUAGCAACAGUUGUACCGACAAAAAAGAAACUGCAAAGUUGUAAUAGAAGCCGCUCUCGUUGAUCAAUCAAAAAAAAAAAUCAAGAAUUGUUUUAAGCCAUAAAAUUGAAUGUUACAACAAAACCGUAUUGCAUUUGAAUGCCUGUUAGUUUGUGUGUAGAGUUCGCUACGUUCAAGUGAAGUGAAAACAAUGUCCGCCAACUCAAAAACAACAGCAACAAUCAACUCAAACAAUAACACCAACACUACUGCCACCAACACCAACACCACAACAACCAUAACGACCAACAACAAUAGCAUAAGCCACUGCCUCCGAAGCAGUAGCAACAGCGACUUAACUGCUGCCUCAAGCAGCAUUAUAAGUACUUCUACAAACAGCACCACCACCAGCAACAACAAAAACACUGCCACAAUAAAUACCUCCACAGCCAAUACAUUCUCGAAUAUAAAUAAGAGCGCUGGAGCUACUGGAGCGCCGCAACUUUCACUAUUCGAUCAGCUGAAGAAUAGCGCAAAUCUGAAUAAUAUCAAAUGCAGCAGCUUCAGUCAUAACUUCAACAGCAAACUUAAGUCACAAAAUAAUCUCACCGAUUGGCGUCGAUUCGCUGAGGAUGACAGCAGCAAUAAUAGUGCCACCAGUAGCAGCAGUAGUAGCAGUAAUAGCAGCCUUUCAAGUGCCAGCGGGCUCGGCAUAAAAGACUCUUUUCAGCAACGAUUUGUUGCCGCCGUUUUAGGCAACAGCAGCAGCAGCAGCAGCAGCAACAGCAGCUGCAGCAGUGACAUUUUAAAGUCAACGAAAAAAGACUUGCCACAAGUGGCUGUAAAAUUAAGCAAUGCAACAAUUAACAACAACAGCAGCAAUAAUAACACUAACAUAAGCAAAAUGAAUGCAACAGAAUGCAAGGAAGCAUCGGCUGCUACAAAGCAGCUGACAAGCGAAACAACUGCCCCCGAGCAGCCAGCAGAAUCGGAGGCGUGUAACAACAUUUUAGAUCUCACUUUGCAGCCUGCCAGGCGUAAUAUUAAUCUUAGAGCGUCGACAAUAGAAGCAGCACUAGCAAAAGCUGAGCGGGAGAAAAGUGAAGCCAAGCUAGCGGCAGUGGAUGUAAUCAGCAAUGCCACAAUGUCGCCGACAUCUUCAUUAUGCAACAACAGCGUGGCUAAGACAAACAGUAACAGCUUCAUUAAGGGUAACAGCGCAAGCUGUGGCAAGAAAAUAGCGCAGGCUGACAGCAAAUUGUCCAGCGUAGCCGCAAACGCCCCAAAUGCAGUUAAUCUGCUUGCCAGCGGUGAGAGCGAAGGUGUCAAUGUGAAUAGCAACAGCACUGGCAAUAACAACAACGGCAACGCUAAUGGCGUGUCAACAAUAUUGACGGCUACAAGCAAACAGCCACAGCCACAACAGCAAAAGCAAAUAAAAUUCUCAAUGCCGACACUGCCACCACCCUCAGCUGCAUCAGCGUUCACUUCUACAGCAACCAAAAUUUCUACAGAGCAUAAAAAUAGCAAGAGUAGCUCAUUGACCGCCACUGGCGGCAUAGGUGUUGUGCGUGCCACAAAAAGGACAGCCGCUGGAGCAACAGCAACAGAAGUGGCUGACGCCACUAACUCAACGCUGAGUAAUUUCACCACACCUGCUUGUGUGGCGCCAAUGUCAACGCAUUAUUUCGCACAAUGCAAGCGACAAAAACAAGCCGCGCUCACAGCAACAGCAACAGCGUUAAGCAAUUCGUCACCUUUUACCGCUGGUUUGCUAAGCGAGCAACAGCAAAAACAAUAUAUGGAAAAUUUGAAAGCCCUACUCGAUACAGAUCAACUCGGUUCGGUUUACGCGCAUCAUUCGCAUAGUGGCAACGAUCUCAAAGCCGUCGUCUAUUCGGCGCUUACGAGCGCCCUGUGCGGCGGAAAUAGUGCUGCAAUAACAGCGGCCAGUAAGCUAUUGGCGGCUGCCACCAAUCAACAGGCCAAGAAGAAACGCAAGAAGAAGCGAUGCACCGAUCGUUGCGAUUCAUCAGAAUCAUCUGACAGUGGUGUCGUGAUAUCAUUGAGCAGUACGGAUUCUAGCACUGGAUCUAGCGAAGAUGCUUCUGAACCGGGUUCUCCGUUCAGUCAACACUCAACAAUAGGCGACGAACAGCAAAGCAAUUCGCCCGCCAAGGCCAUUAAUAGCGUAUCUGCAAGUCAAAGAAACAUGCCACCACAAACAACAAUAUUGGCCGCGGCGAAUAACAACGCCAACAACGGACAAGCGACAAAUGGAGGUUCCAGUGCUUCUACUAGUGGCACAAAUGUUCAUGCACUCACUGUCACAGGAACAAAUAGCAAUAACAGCAACAACACUGCCAAAUUAAAACAAAUACAACAGCAACAAAAUAAAAGUAAUAACACUGCCAACGGACGCAAUGUCCUACCUACUCUUCAAUGGCCCUGGAAUAAUGCGUCAAAUAAUAGUACAAUUCUACCAACCAACUUAUCGGGGUCUACACAGUCUAAUAAGAAACGCAGUGCUGUUAGCGUGACGUCUUCUGAUAAUAGCUCGGGCAAAAAAGCACGGAACACAGCUACUGAUAGCGCGGCAAGUGGUUCCAACGCCGGUGCAGCCUCCAGUGCAAAUGGAGUUAGCGCUGCAAAAAGACUGAAAGCGGCUGCACUGGAAGAAUCACAGACGAAAAUUACAGGUUACUUUAAGUCACAAAUGAAGUCUCAAAUCCAUCAAAACAAUCUAGCUAAGCGCAAUAUGGAAUCGGUGCUAAUCGCGGCAUGCAGUUCGUCGGGCGGGGGUAUGAGCACUACUUCACUAACAAUGAGUGCGCCUGCUACCACCGCUUCUCUUAAUAAAUAUUUCAACAUAUUAGCGCAGCUGAAGGAGAAUAAUACCCUCAAUAAUGGCAACAGUAACUGUAACGGCAGCGGCUCUAUAACUAAGCCAACGCUAGUUUCAUCAGCAACAUCAAUAAAUAGUAGCAUUAUUGCAGCUUCACCACCGACGUCAACAACCUUAGCCCAAACAACAUCCACGUCUUCAUCUGCUAAAGGCGGUGUGGUCACACUUGCACCUGCAAGUGCAUUGCCGACGAUGCCGGUGCCUGCUUUGAAAAAGAUUGAACGCAGUAAACCCACCAAAAUCGCACAAGUGGCUCCUAAUUUACGAAAAACUCCCUCCGCUUCGGGAAACCAUGGCAGCGGCACCGGUAAAUCACCAGCAAAGAAGCACGUUGCCAUUGCGCCACGCACGCCUGAAAUGAAACAACAACAAAUGCAACAACAAGCCGCUGCGAAGCAGGCAGCUUCAACAGGCACUGCGCAGCAGCAAGCUACCACGCAGGUGACAAAUCAACCAGCAGUACUUCUAACUGCCAUACGUCUACCUACGACAAGUACACCUACGGCAGCGACGUCCACACAACUGAAACAAGCAGUAAGUCCUCCGAAAUUGGCCCCUGUCGCAACAGCCACUGCCACCACAACAACAGCUGCGCCCGCCACAGCCCAGGCGCUCUAUCAACUGCCUGCAGUGCAAUUACCGAAUCUAGUCCAAUUGCCUCAGCUAUUAACUGCCACAAACGGUGCAAAUAUAAUGCAGCUAAACAACUUGGCCACAGCAGCUAAAAAUGCCAACCCAGCAGCGUCUGCGGCUGCGACAUCAGCACAAGCGGCGCAGGCAGCAGCCGCACAAUACUUCCUCAAUGGUACGGUCUUCAAGCUCCAGCAGUUCACCACUGCAACAACCACAACGGCAACUUCGGCGGUUGCUGCUGCAACUGCCGCCGCCACUGCAAAUCCUUUCAACUUGAUGACUGCCGCAGACCUUCAAGAGAUACUCAUUAAGCAGCAGCAGUUACAACAGCAGCAACAGCAGUUGCAAUUACAACAACAACAGAAAGCAGCAGUUGUUGCUGCUGCUGCUGCGGCUACGGCACAGGCCACAAACACAAGUUUCCAAGAGAUCUUCCAGCAACAAAUCGCUGCAGCCAUUGCCGCGAAUCAACAGCAGCAACAACAACAGCAACAGCAGCAAUUUCAACAAUUACAACGAUUGGGCGCUGCAGCUGCGCAACCGGUAUUCAUGGCCACCCCAGCUGGCCUGAUAUUAAACGCGGCCUCACUACCGGCUAUGCUGGCACAAGCUGCAGCGGCAUUGGCCGUAAACAACAGUCAACAACAGAAGCAAGUGCAAAUACAACAACCACAGCAGUUGCCCGCACUUCAACCGAUACAGCCAAGUGCGCUUCCCGCUCUAAGUUCAAUAUUUGCUGGUGCCGGACAGCAGCAGGCCCAAGCCGCUCAUGAGCAGCAUACCGACUUCCAUCAACAGCAGCAACAACUUCUAGCAUUUUUGCAGCAACAACACCAGCAGCAACAGCCGCAGUUUAUAACAGCAACUCAACCACCACCCUUGUCCGCUGUAAAUGUUACUUCGUCGCCAUCGUCUACGGCAACAUUAACGACACUGCCAGUUAAUGCGACCACUACCGUUGCUGCAGCAAACAGCGCAAACACUGCCAAACUGGCAAUCGUUAAAGCAACUACUGCCUCUUCAGUUCCACAACAAUUUACAGCUCUCAAUUCGCAACCGCCGCCGUUGGUGACGAUUUCUCAUGGAAAAACGCGCACAACGGCAAUAGCGCCAGCAACUACCGCCAAUGUUCCUGGCAAUACACAAACCAGUAAGCCAGCUGCCCAUACCAAACCGUAUCAGAAGCGAAUGCCAAAGGUAGCGCCAGCUCCGGUACCAGUAGCGCCCGCGCCAUGCAAAACGACGCUGUCGAGUGCAAAGGCGAAAAUCUCUGGUGGUUGUAAAAUCAUUGCUACUCCAACAACGCCGCCACCCUUGGUACCAGCGUUAAGUAGCAGCACCGGUGGUUGUGGCGCCAUGACGUCAUCGCCUACCACUCGCACUGCGAUGACAAAGCAGUUGCAACCCGCUGCUGGAUUGCCUACGCCGGCGCUCAUAAGCAUUGCACCUGCUCCGGCUAUGAACACCACAAAAACCACUGCGCCGAGCACAACUAAUGCGGCAGUGAUACCGAGUGCCAUGAAAUUGCCAACCUUGCCGCCACUCGCUCCCAAAUUAAUCACGGCAUCUUCAGCAGUAGCAACAACAGCAGUCUCAUUCACUCCUCCAACAACGAAAACAAUCGUCGCUAGCACAACCGUUACUUCAACCACCACCAUACCUUCAACCCCUGAUCUCUUCGACAUGGUUAAAAAUUCGAAUGGCACAGUCUCAAUCUCUGUGCCCGUUACAGGCAGCAACAGCAAAAACAUCAGUAGCAAUAAUACAUUGAAUAAGUGCUCUUCGCUAUUGCCCUCAUUUUGCAACUCACCAAUGUCAUCAUAUUCAUCCGCGUCCUCACCUUCCCUUUGCUCCACUUCGAAUACCACAUCGAUCGAUAGUUUCUGCCCGAAAAUUAAAGAGGAGCCAUUGGACGAAGCUGUCGCUUUCUCCUCUGCCAAUACUUCCGAUAGUGGAAUUAAAUUGGAAAGCUUUAAGGCCUCGUCGCAUACUCAAAUGCUACCAGCAGAUAUUAAGGUUGAACUAAUGGAGGACACUACUAAAAUGUAUCCCUCAACAACCAGUGGCACAUCGACCAGCAUAGCCAACAGCAUAACGCAUGCAAAUGAAUGUUCAUCGUAUUCGUUUAGCUCCCACUCGAAUUCCGUAUCUUCGGCAGCUGAUCUUUCGCUGGAAGCAUCUACCCCACCGUCGCUCUCCUCCCUAUCUGCCUCCUGUUCCUCUGCACCCUCACCAUCGCCAUCGUCACCGCGCAACUCUCCGCCGCCAUUGCCGCCAACACAGCCGUGUGAAUCGAAUUCGGCAUCCCUUGGCUCAGAAUCAUCAGCAUCAUGUGUUACCGCGGCUACAGGAAGGGAUAUGCUUAGUGAAUUGGUGACAUCUUCAUGCAUAUCUUCCAAUCUAACUUCAGAUAUGUCGAAUUCGGCUGAUGGCACAACGGCAAAUGAUAAAUCGCUUACAGCCGGACUCGAAGAUGUAGAAAAAGAUGACAAUGGGGAUGAAGAAAUAAGCGAAAAGCGCGAUUUGCCUACACCAGAGUCAGGAAUUGGAGGAAGUUUGACGGCUAGUGAAAGCAGCGAAUCCAUCGUUAGUUCUAUCUCCAAUAAUAGCAGUAAAGCGGAAAUUAUUGCCAACAUCAUCAAUUCGAUCGACUCGAAUUCGCCACCACCCACCCCGCUCUCUACCAUGAGCGCAGGCAGCGCUGAUAGUGCCAGUCAUAGUAUUGGUUGCUUGCGUUCCGCCUCCAGCGAUAACAACUCUAUUAACAGCAGUGUACCAUCACCGGUCUCACCAGCCCCAACUUUCGGCGCUGAUAUAAUUAGUGGCGUCUGCUCAUCAGAUGCAACUACAAGUUCUACCUCCAACAUCGACGUGCCCAUUGCUCUUAGUUUACCGAAUAGCAUCGAUAUAAGCAAUUCCAACAGCUGCACGAGUAGCAGUCUCAGCAGCAGCAGCAGCGCCGGCGAACCUCAGUCAACGUCCAGCGGCAGCAACAGUAACAGCUUCACCUCUACACCUACCCUCAUCGACACUAAACUCGCUGAAUCUACCAGUGAUUCGCUGCCUAAGUGCGCCAUCUCGCCAAUACUUUCUCAGCCGAAAACCAUACGUUUCCCUGCUGAAACGGGCGGUUUUCGCUAUGGUCCGAAAGGUGCUAAACGUCAUGAUGGCGUCUGUUACUGGCAUAAAUGCAAUAAGAAGCAUGAUAGCUGUUCAAAAUUGUUGGAUCAUAUGCAGACACAUCAUGUCAAUACACAAACUGGUCCUUUCUCAUGCCUAUGGGUCGGUUGUAAGGUUUAUAACAAGGAGUCGUGUUCGCGCCGCUGGUUGGAACGCCAUGUGCUAUCGCAUGGCGGUUCGAAGCAAUUUAAGUGCAUUGUCGAAGGUUGUGGGCUGCGUUUUGGAUCGCAGCUGGCUCUGCAAAAACACGUAAAUAAUCACUUUACGGCCACUGAAAAUAAGGAGAGCUCAAACAAGCGUACCUCAGAUCCGCCAGUGCCCAAGCAGCUGCGGAAGAAUGGAAAAAAAUUGCGCUAUCGGCGUCAACCGUUUUCAGCGCGAAUGUUCGACUUUUUUGAUGCCGGUAUAAUGGAAGGUCUGCAGCAUCGUUUGCGUCAAAUAAGCGUGCUCUCCGAUGGCUGCAAUAUGAUAACGUUCCAGGGCCAAUGCAUGAUGCGACGCAAAACGUUGCAAGGUACCUACGAAAGUUUCAUUCGUUGGACGCCGCAUGAAAUCAUUUCCGAUGAGUGGGUGCCAUCAUGUGAUGGACCUUACACCAAGACAGUUAACAUAAAGCGCAUGCGCCCAGCGGAGAAGAUCAAGGUUGAGGGUUUACUUAUGACUGCUUACAAAAUGCCGUAUUCAACAAAUCUGUUCGACGAUGACAAUGAUGAGGAAGAAGGGGAAGCUUCCGAUGACAGCGAUGAAGACGAUGGAAAUAAUGGCGAAGAUGAAGCAGAAGUGGCUACUUUAGUAGAAACGGUGCGAAGCUCGCAACAGCAAAGUGUAAUUGCGAUAUCCCGCACGCAAAUACAGCAGCGCCGCAAACAUCCGCGUAAACCGAUGAAACGUGUACACAUAGAAAAGCCAUUAAGCGUAUAAAUAUUGAACAAAGUAAUAGAUAACGCGUUACACCGGCAGAAUGAUCUCCAAUAAAAUUAUGCAAAGGUGAAGGUUUAUCCUCGUGUGCUAGCAGAAGUUGGCGCAAACUAAAUAGGUGGUUAAUUUGAAAAAAAAAACAUGCACGGACAAAAUCCAUUUCGAUGAGUCUGCGCGCCAGCUAAGCAAUAACACUGCACUUCAACAAAGUUAUGUAUAUGUACAUAUAAGUUUUUAGUAUUUUUUGUUAUAAAUAAGUAGAUGCAAAUUGUAACGGCAUUGUUCAGAGAGUUAUAUUUUUUAAUUAUUUUUUAUUACCAUUUUUAAUGUUUUAAUCUAGUAAUAAUAUUUAGCAGUUACAAAUAGACAAUUGGCCUGCACUUUAAAUUGGUUUUGUAACCAAUAACAAAAAAAAAAAAACAAUUUUAUACGCGAUAAUCGCAUAAUAUGAAAAAGUAUAUUAUGAGUUCACUGCGUAAUUAUUAAUUUCAUUUAAUUUAGUAAAUUUUUAGUUUCAAAUUAGCGUAACUAUUUUAACAUAAAUAUCUGCCUAUUAAUUGCAAUUGCCAGCCCUUAAUUGUGAACUGUAAGUGGCUUAAAGUUUUAAAGCCUGUGAAAAUUGUAUUAGUUCAUAAAUUAGGUGUUACAAGUGGUGACAAAUAUGCUCCACGACAACAGUAAAACAAAACUGUAAUUUUUGUUAAUAUUCAUUUUUUUGCGGUGAUCGUAUAUCUAGUGAAGUCAAAAAAAAAUCCUUUAUACUAAUUCAAAGCAUAAACGAAUAUUCAUUGACAUCCUCCACUUACAGUCGCCAUCGCGAAGCACAUUAUAUAAUACAACCUUAUCAUAAAACGCGCCAACCAGCCCACCCGUUAAAAAAGUUGCAAGUUGCGAAAAUAAUGGACAAAUUAAAUCUUUGUGUUUGUGUAAAUAUAUACAUGUAAGAUAUUUUUUUGUUAAUAUUUAUAGUUUUAACAGAUUUUUUCUACAUAUAAAUCAGCCAUUUAAUUGUGCAAAAUUUAAUGCUAACAAACUUCAUGCCAGAAGACUUUUAAUUGAUAAAUGUAUCUUAAGUAUUUUGUAUGGCAAGUACAAAUCGCAUACAGAGAAGUGUGUACAUUUUAGGCUUUGAAACAAAAAGUACGCAUAUGUGCCGUAGUUAAUAGCGUAGAUUAACAAGUGUCAGCAAUGCUAAGCUAUUAAAAUCAUACAUUUACUUGCACAAAACACAAAAAAUAAAAAACAAAAAAAAACAGUGACUGGUAGAGAACAGAAGUAUGUGUUUAAAUAAUAAGCAUGUAGUUAUUGCAAUCGGUUAGUUAUAAUUUUUAUAAAAUUGUUUUCGCGUACCUACAAACGCAAUUAGAUAUAAAUUGUGUAAAUACAUAAAAAAGAACGAAAAUAGAAGUUUCCAGCACUGCGCAGAGCAGGCGAUUGGGAGCUCAAAACUUUUGUAAAUCUUAAAGACUCCUGAUAGCCUGUUUAAUCACUAUAUUAAAUAAAUUUUUAUUUGUAAAACAAAGUAAAAUACGAAAACAAAUGUAUAAUUUAAGGUUUGUAAAGUAAAAAUAAAAUGUGUGUGUAUGCUCAUAAACGUCAGCAACUCAGCAAGUAAAUCAUUUAGUCAAAAUCACAAAGUAAAACCGAGAUCAUUAGAUGUUAAGUUUAGUGUGUUUAGUGUGUUUAGUACGUUUUUUUUUUGUAUAUUUUUUAUCUUUGCCACACACAGCCACAUUUGAACGUACGUUUGCCAAUUAACAUAUAGAACUUUUUUUUAAACUUAAUAUAGCUAUGUAUAUGACAUGCGUAUUUCAGCGCCGCAACGCUUCUUUCAAGAAUUAGUCGUUAGUUGAAAAAUUAUAAAAUAUUUAAUUUUUAGUUUUGUUUGUAAAUGUAAAAUAGCAACUUUAUUUUUUCUGCACACGCACACUUAUUUUAGUUGUGCAAAUAAAGAUAAAUAAUUUU